CAAACGGUCACACUCGAACGAGACGAAGACGACGACGACGCAACUUGUAGCAGUAAAAAUAUUUAUACGUUUUUGCCGUGUUUAAACGAUAUAACCAAACUAAAAAUAAUUUGAUAUCAAAGUGAAAAUGUGAACGUUGUGUUUGCUUUCGAAAUGACAUCAAUUUAAAAUGCAUUUCAACGCAAUAGCACUCUGUGAAAAUUUCGUACAGGCAAAAAAGAGCCGAUUUUUUGUGGAAGAAGAAGCAGCAGCAGCAGCCGAACAGGCAGUAAAAGCAAUCGUCGAAUACACGGACAAAGCGCACGGCGAAUGAAGGGCGUAUGAGAGAAAACUUGCAAAAAUUACAGCAGCAGCAGCAACAACACAGCGGCGGCAGGCAAAAAAGUGUGUUUAGAAAAGAAAUUAAAAACACACGAACAUAUACAUACACACAACCAUGCAAAACGAAUAAACACACACACAUUUAAAUACAUGUGAAUUGGUGCAAAAGCUAAUAAUAAAAAAACGAAGUAAAAUUGCGCGCGGUUUAAUAAUAAAUAAUUAUAUGUAUGUGCGCAAAACAUGUGAAGAGCCGGGGAGCCGCUAAUACAAAUACGAAUACGAAAAAUCAAUGAUUGUAAUAAAAUUCCGUAUUCUCGCUAUCGCUCCUCCCUCUCGCCCUGCCGCUCUCGCACUCGCUCUCGCUCUCUCUGCCUCUCUCUACUCUCUUUCGCGAGCGCAGCAGCCUCUCGAAUAGUGUGUGUGUGUGUUUCUUGUUGAUUUUGUGAUAAAAUUGCAAUCAGCAGCACACGACACUCGCCAAAAUAAUAGUAUUGAAAGUAUUAGGGCGUUCACAAUACGACAAACAGCCAAAGCCAACAGUAAACAACAAAGUGGUUGUGCAAGAAGAAGAAGCAACAAUCAGGCAAAAAAAUACCUGAAAAAAAUAAACGGUAAAACGAAGAAGGGGCGACAUACACACGGACACACGUACGGCGAGAGCGCGCUAAAAAGUUUAUUAACUAAAAUCUGAAAAGUAAAGGCACACCGGUGCGUUUCGUUCCCCAUUCGCAGAAAUAUAUAUUUUAUUAAAAAUGGUGGAAGUAAUAGAGCGGCGAACAACGGCUGCGUGAGCCAAAGCGCGGCCAAUUAAAAAACAACAACAGCAGUAGCAGCAGCCGCUAAAGGAAAGAAGAAGAAGACGUCGACGACGAAGAAGCUGAAGCUAAAACAACCGAAGAGGAGGAGACAGCAAGAGCCUCGAAAAGUACAUAAAAAAAAGUAUAAAAAUUUAAAUACGCUCGAAGUCGGUAGACAAAAAGCGAACUAGCGACGAAAGAGAGGCGAGAAAAUCCAAACUCCGAAAUCAGACUACCACCUUACCCAGCGCAACAAUAGCAACAACAUCAUCAUCAUCAGCGCAGCAACAACAACGAAGCGCAACUACAGCCAACAACCAACAUCACACAAACAAAAUGUACGGCAAAUCAAAGACAUCGGCGGUUCCAUCGGACGCCCAGGCCCGCGAAAAGUUGGCCCUGUACGUGUACGAGUAUCUGCUGCACGUUGGCGCCCAGAAGGCGGCACAGACAUUCCUCUCGGAGAUCCGAUGGGAGAAGAACAUAACGCUGGGCGAGCCGCCGGGAUUUCUGCACACCUGGUGGUGCGUCUUCUGGGACCUGUACUGUGCGGCGCCAGAGCGCCGGGAUCAGUGCGAUCACAGCUCGGAGGCCAAGGCCUUCCACGACUACGGCUUUGUUAGCUCCGGCUAUGGAGUGAACGGAAUUGGACCCGGAGGACCCCACAAUGCUGGCGGACCUGCGCCCAGUCCCCUGGGACAAAUGCCGCCCGGCGGCGAUGGCGGUCCAAUGGGUCCCGGCGGACCAAUGGGGCCGAAUUUCUUCCCGAACUCGACGAUGCGACCAUCGCCACCGACGCACGCCUCCAGUCCGCAGCCGCCGCCGUCGCAAAUGAUGCCAGGCCAGCCGCCGUUCAUGGGCGGACCCCGAUACCCGGGUGGGCCGCGGCCCGGCGUGCGUAUGCAGGGCAUGGGCAAUGAAUUCAAUGGACCUCCCGGCCAGCCCAUGAUGCCCAACAGCAUGGAUCCGACACGGCCAGGCGGAGGGAUGGGACCGAUGAAUCCGCGCAUGAAUCCGCCACGCGGUCCUGGCGGCAUGGGACCGAUGGGCUACGGCGGACCAGGAGGUAUGCGCGGCCCAGCACCGGGACCAGGCGGAAUGCCGCCCAUGGGUAUGGGCGGAGCGGGCGGAAGACCGCCGCAAUGGCAGCCGAACGCUUCGGCGCCACUGAAUGCGUACUCGUCAUCAUCGCCAGGAAACUAUGGACCCGGUUCGAAUGGACCGCCGGGACCGGGAACGCCCAUAAUGCCGUCGCCGCAGGAUAACACGCAAGGCGGACCAGUGGGCGGACCCGGCGACAGCAUGUACGCCUUGAUGAAACCCGAGUUCCCGAUGGGCGGAGGGCCGGAUGGCGGCGGUGGAGGAGGAGGUCCCGGCGGAAUGGGGCCGAUGGGCGGCGGGCCAAAUUCAAUGGGCCCCGUACUUAAUGGCGGCGGAGGACCCGACGGGUCCGGUUUGGAUGGUAUGAAAAACUCGCCGGCAAACGGAGGACCUGGGACGCCGCGCGAAGACUCUGGCAGCGGUAUGGGUGAUUACAAUCUGGGCGGAUUCGGCGGACCCGGCGAGAACGAUCAAACGGAAUCGGCGGCUAUUCUGAAGAUUAAGGAGAGCAUGCACGAGGAGGCCAAGCGGUUCGAGAAAGACACAGAUCAUCCGGACUACUUCAUGCCAUAACAACAUCACCAGCAACAGCAGCAGCAUCUCAACACGGUGGCAGCCGCUGUGGCAGCUGUGGUGGCGGCUGCGGCGUCUAACGGAUCGGCGGUGGGCAGCUCCUCGGCCGCUUCCAUUGCGGCUGCUGCACUUGGGGCCGCCGCCUCCAAUCUGCUCAGCAAUGGCAACAACAAUUUCUGAGGCGAGGACCACACGCAACACCACAACACACGGCAAAUAAGAACCCGGUAGUAGAAAUCCUUGAUACAUAAGCAUAAAGUAAUUAACAUUUAACGCAUGUAUGAGAAAUAGAAAAAGCGAAACAAAAAAAGAAAAGCAAAGCCCUUAAAUAUUAUAGACUAAAGCAGCAAAUGUAAAAUUGUGAAAGCUUCAAA